AUGGCGCCGCCGCGGCAGGACUCCCCGGAGGGUUUGGAGGUGCAGUGCGCGGGGUGCGGCGAGACGCUGGAGGUGGACCCGGGCCUGACGGAGUUCAUCUGCCCGGACUGCGCCACGCCGCAGUCGCUCCCGCCGGAGCUCAUGCCGCCGCCGCCGCCGCGGCGGAAGGCGCUGCCCCUGCCCCGCGCGGCCGCCGACGUCCGGGGCGCGCGGCUGCCGUGCGGCUCCUGCGGCGCGCUCCUGAGCGUGCCCGUCGGGCUGGCGCGCUGCGCCUGCCCGGUCUGCGGCGCCGAGCUCGCCGUCGACACCGCGCGGCUCCGGCAUUACCUCCUCUCGUCAGCUACGGCGGAGGGCGCCGUGCCCGUGGUGCCACUCGGCGACCCCUCCGCCCCACCCAUCCUCCAAGCCCAGCAGGUAUGCUGUCGUCAAGGUGCUAUUGCAGUUUCAGGCGUAGUUCAGUUGCUAGUAUGCCUUUGGUUGAGAAAGGUGCGGCAAGAACAUCCUAAUUUUGGGAUUCGUGCAGGACUUUUGUGGACAGAUCCUGAUAAUCGGACAAAUUGUAUGGGACAGGUACAAACAAAUAAUCCAAAUCAGCUUAUUCCAGAGCAGGCAGAUCUGGACAAUCCUGGUUCUACGAUUGAGAGAGGGGAGGUACAUGAUGUCAGUGGGGAGGUACAUGAUGUCAAUGGAAUUUUUACUAAGCGGACAAACAUGCAUUCAGUUGGCCCUGGAAUUGUUAGUCCCGAAAGGAGACAUGAAGAGCCUGAAAAUCAUGACCGCCAUCAGGCGCAAGUUCAAUCUUCCAAAACGCGUAUAAAUUGCAGAACUGGGCAAUCUACUGCCCCCCAAACUGUAAAUAUAGAAAAGAGGCAGCUGCUCACUCCCGAUCAGACCAUACAACAGGCACAAAAACAGCCUUCUUGUCAUGCAAUAUGUACAGAGAAGGCACAUGCAGAGGAUGCAGAUGGGGUGAUUCAUGUCCAGGAAAAGCAACAACAGCGUGUCAGCCAGGUAAAUCAUACAGAAGAAUUAUGCACUCAAGCGGCCGACGAGAUAAUUACAAGGGACAGCAAUGGAACGAGAGUCGGGUACGCAGCUUGCAGUGAUGCUGCAUUUGCAGAGAGGAGGAAGGUGCAUGAAGCAAAUGACGCUAUAAAACAGGUGCAAAGACAACAAUCUGAUUCAGCAGUUCAUAUGGAACCGGAAAAUCAAGUGAUCCAUGUAGAAAAGGAACAAUCAAAAUCUUUCAUUUGCAGAACCCCCAAGCAAAAAAAGAAGGGUUUGACAGCUGCUUCCAAUCCAGAUCUUCAACUUAGGCGCAGCAAACGUUUGGUGAAAGAUUCACCUGCCUCCAUAGACCAAGAACCUGUUCAAAAUGAGUUUCUUGAGAGUCAAGAAGGAACUUCGAUUAGCCACAUACCAGCCACCGUCAGAGUCAGUGAACCAACAGAAAGUGAUUCUGAUUCACAGCAUGCUGGCUCUCCAGAACAGAGUGAACCAACAGAAAGUGAUCCUGAUUGGCAGCAUGCUGGUUCUCCAGAACAGAGUUUAUCGGACUCUCCAGAUAUUGAUAGAAUCAUCAGCAAUAUAAAGCCUAGUCCAUCCCCUCCAUGUGAGAUGCAUGAACCAAGCUCUAACAAGUUAGACAGCCCUCAUUUAACUACACCAACUUCUAAUUCAGAUCUCAACUUGUCCAAUCCCGAGCAGUUUGCACGUAAUUACAUCCCCCUUGAGGUUAGGAAGGCCCUUCCAGAGCUGAGAUCUAAUUCAUUGUUUGAGCAUAACAUGUCCCAGGCAAGCUAUGGCGAGGCAAGCCUGCAUGAUUUAACUGAUUCAGAAGGAGACGACCCUUGUAGCCCGACUCUCCAGAAUGUUGGUACCAAGAGAAACCACAGACGUCUCCGUUGUGGUCUGAAACUCAGUCUUGAGGUGUGGACCUUGCCUAAGGGUGUGCGCAUACCGGUUUCAUUGAACACUUCAGGUGAACCUGUUGGAAAAGCGGCAGGCACCCUAAGUAACUUUUUGUGUGCAAUAGCACGAGAUGGCGUAUUGGCACCGCUAACAUAUCAUGAUUGGAGGCAUGUUCCGGAGAAAAACAAGAAUAUAAUUUGGCAUAUUGUCAAGCUCAAAUUUGACAUUGCUCCGGUUGGUGAGUUAUGGAUCAUGAAGUCCUUAGGAAAGAGGUGGAGGAGUUGGAAAUCUUUCUUGAAACUACAACACUACGAUGCUCAUGAGAUGGAAGAGGAACGCCUUGCUGAUCGAAAUCCUCGUGUUCUCAAAGAACAGUGGCAAUUUCUAGUUGCAUAUUGGAGUACUGAAAAGGCGAAGGCCGCAAGUGCUCGCAGUAAAGCUUGCCAGUCAAAUGUGGUCGCUCAUCAUACUGCAGGAACAAAGAGCUUUGCAAGGAUAAUCGAGGAGGAGAAGCAAAAACGGCCUAACAAGGACGGGCCUAGUGUUGAGGAUUUCUUCAUAAUGACUCAUACACCCAAGAAUGGGAAACCUAUGAAGAAGGCAACAGCUGAUGCCAUUGCACGACUUCGUAAGCAGGUAGAGAGUUCAGGAGGUGAUUCUGCUGCACAUGACUCCUCCUCGAAGGUCCCACGAGGGAAGGCAGUCCUGCAAGCAUCCUUCAAGGAAGCCAUGGAGGCUAAACGCAGAGCUGAAGACGAGGCGUCGGCGUUGAAGGAAAAAAUGAUGGCAAUGGAAGAAAGCCAGAGAAAGAUGCAGGAAGAUUUGGCGAAUAUGAAGAGCGCAGUUAGCGCUAUACACAAGACAGCGCCAACUGGUGACUUGCAAGGUCAACAAAUGCACAAAAAAACGCCUGUUAGUAAAAACUCUCAAGACGAGCCAACAAGUGGACCAUCGUUUCCUCCAGGUUUCGCAAAGAAUCCGAAUCCUUCACAACCCAUGCGGCGUUCAAAACGGGCCAAGCGCUCGUGA